AUGUCAUCCAAGACCACAGGCGGCAAGGGAGGCAAGGCAAAGACCUCUUCCGAGACUAAAGUCCUCACCACGCGCUCCUCCAAGGCCGGCCUCCAGGUGAGCCCUCGCACCUUCCUCCUCGGCCCAUCGCAGACGCUGACUUCCAUCCAGUUCCCCGUAGGCCGUAUCCACAGGUUCCUGCGUAACAAGAACGCCAACAACGUGCGCGUCGGUGCCAAGGCUGCCGUCUACGUCGCCGCCAUUAUGGAGUACCUGACCGCCGAGGUGCUGGAGCUUGCUGGCAACGCCGCCAAGGACCUCCGCGUCAAGCGUAUCACGCCCCGACACUUGCAGCUGGCCAUUCGUGGCGACGAGGAGCUCGACCUCCUCAUCCGCGCCACGAUCGCCGGCGGUGGUGUUCUUCCCCACAUCCACAAGAACCUUAUCACCAAGCCCGGUGCCGCCAAGGGUGUCCCCCAGAAGAAGUAG